UCUCAUAUUUAUUUCUUUUAAAAUGUUUCUUCCAUCAGGUUCCAGAUGUCUGCAGAGAAACCGUCACCUUUAACUAAGAACCUGAAACCUUGAGGAGAGAGAAACUAAAACUGGUUUAAAUAUUACUGACAGACUAUAGAUCUAUCAUAAAGGUGCUAGUAAUCAUGUAUAAACAUGUUAGUAACCAUAGCAACCAGUCUGUGAUGAGCUCCUGUCUCUUUCUCAUGCAUGCCAUCUUGUUUUCCACCUCAGAUUAGAUCCAGUUGUCUCUGUGUUUCCUCUGCGUUCCCAGGUCUGCUGGUUGAGCCGCUCAUCUUCCUCUCUUCCUCCACUGACGGGGUUUCCACAGGCAGAAAGCAGGGGUCUGAGCUCCUCAUUGGAUCAAAUUUCAGCAUCAUGUGCUCCAUCAGACCUCAGUAUGAAGGCGGCUCCUUCCAGCUCAUCUUCAGCACCUCUAACUACACUCAGAACCACACCCUGCCAGCUGUUAAUCACUCCGCCCUCUUCCUGUUCUCUGCUGCUGGCCACGCCCACCAAGGAACCUACCGCUGCGUUUACCACGUCUACGUUUUCUCCUAUAACUUCUCCUCUAUGAGCCAGCCUCUCAACCUCACUGUCUCAGGUAAACUCAUGGAGUCCAUCAGGAAAAGUUCUGCUUCAGUUUCAGCCUAUCUCACUGCUUUGAUCAUCAGACUGGUUGUCGUCCUGCUGGGUUUGCUGGGAUCAGUCCUGGUCCUCUACUUUAAGGUACUGCAUGUAUCAUGCAUGAUGUGUUCAGUUGGGAAAGUUCUUGCAUUGAAGCUGAACCAUCCUCUGUUUCCAGGCCAAGAGAAACCAGAAGUCUGGACCAGAAAACAACCAUCAUGAUGAAGGAUCCAGAGCUGAAGGCAGCUUAGAGGAGGAGACUGCAGUCUGAAGGAACCAGGAGAAAAUGAUCUUCAUUUCACAUCCACAGGAAGGAGCAGAGAGAUGUUUCAGACUCCUGGAAAUCUAUCCGUCUAUGUAUCUAUGAUAAAAUGUCUCUGUGCUCCUGCAGCAGGAAGGAAGUUCAACAUUCAGAAAUUUGUAUCUGGACUAAACCUACUUAAGUAAAACUUAUAUAAGAAGGGAACACAAAACAUUCAACAAACAAAAUAUAACAGAAAACCCACUUCAUCAAAAUCUGAUCUUCAUCAACCUUGCAAGGAUAACAUAUGAUAGAAUAUUUAGGGGUCAAAGGUCAGGUAGCCAAUUCCACUCAGGCCUUGAACCCAGCUUGUGUCCUUGUCUUAGUUGGGUUAUGAAUUGUUAUGACAAAUGUAAUAUAGUUCAUCC